UAUAUAUACUAGCUAAUUACGAUUUAACUUAGUUAACGUGAAUGUAAAUCUAAAAACCUGUUUAAAUUCCUGCUGUGAAUUUUCCAAUUUCUAACACAGAUUUGACUGUACACAAGUACAUUAAAAACAAGACAUUUAGAGAGGUAUGGCAGUUCAACAACAACCUUAUGAUCAAGGAUAUGGUCAACCCACAGGGUACGGACAGUCCGGAACUGUUGUCAUCACACAACCUGUUACUACCCUGAUAACUACUGGGAUGGCAGAAUUUCCAGUCAAUAUGACCUGUCCGGCCUGUCAAAACCAUAUUAUUACCGGUACACGUAAGGAGAUAGGGACGAUGACAUGGCUUGCCUGCUUAGGUCUUUGUUUCAUAGGAUGUGAUCUCGGAUGUUGUUUCAUUCCAUUCUGUGUGGAUUCGUGUAAAGAUACAGUACAUAACUGCCCAAACUGCCAAACCGUCGUUGGAAAGCACAACAAGAUAUAAAUAAAAUAUGUAUUUACAACUCAUGCAACUGUGACAAUGUUAAAACAACAACUGACUGACUCCUUCUAUUCCUUACUUUUAUUUUUAAUAUCAUAUACAAUCAUAUAUUUAUCGAUAACAACACUUUACAGCACAUUUCAGUCAGUAUGUAGCUAAUGGUAAUAUCUUUGGUUAGCUUGCUUGUUAGCUGAACCAUGAAGUCAUUGUUAGGUUAGGUACACUACCCUCCUUUUAAAGUAGCUUAGUCCUACAGAGAGAUAUAUUUUUUAUCUGUUGGGCUAGUCUAAUAUUAAAGGAGGGAAGUUUACCUUACAUAACAAUGACUUCACGGUUCAGCUAACAAGCAAGCUAACCAAAGAUAUUACAAUUAGCUACAUACUGACUGAAAUGUGCUGUAAAGACUUCUGACCUUUCAUAUUUGUUUUUUAGUCGAAUUAUAUAGUUUAUAAGACGUGUAUCAGACCUGAACAAUGGUAGCCAGCAUUAAACACUCCCACCCCAAAACAAGAAGAUUUAUCACCUUGUAGACCCUGCAAGGAUAUCAAUGUAAUAAGUAUGCAAUAUAUUUCAUUUUCCAUUGUUACAACUGAUUGUGACGUAAGGUUUUUGUUAAAGGAGUUUUAAGUUACAUUCUUGUUUAUUGUACAGAUAUAAAUGAAGCACAUAUUUUAACAUAUCCUUUCGAAGAUUUUAAUAUUGUUUAUAUAAAUAUUUAUAGUUAAAUGCCUUUUCUUUAAAAACAUGAAAUAUAGAAUGAACCACAUGUUUAUUAUAUGAGGUCUUUUGCUGGUGUUUAGGGUUGAUGUUUUAUGCAAAUACCAUAUAAUAUAUCAUUUUAUCACACUUAUAACAUGUUUAGUUUUAUAAAAACAAAACUAAGGAAUUCAUAUCAACUAAUGAAGUAAUUUAAUUACAAAUAAAACAUGUUUAUAUAUUUAUUUA